AUGACACCAACUCCAGUAACUAUUAAAAAGUCAAAAGGUGCAAGAGAUUUCUUUCUUAAAUUAGCUUCACCUUUAAAUUAUAAACCUCAACAACUGGAAAUCGAUCAAACUCCAAUAACACCAAUUUCUCAAGUAUUCCAAACUCUAGAGUUAUCAGAUAUCAAACCACCACCAGCUCCAGCUCAAUACAAUUUAACUGCCGAUGAUAUACCACAACUAAUACUGACUCCAAGAAUAUCACUGUUAAUGCAUCCUAAAAUAUUGGAAUUUGAAAUAGACUCAUUUGAACAAACAUCAACCCCAAUAAGAGGUGAAACUAGGAAAAGAAGAAAUGCUUAUGAGUCUGAAUCUAUAAAACACAGAAGUGAUGAUUCAGUGGAUUCUAUAUUUGAUAAUGCUUAUAACUCAGAUGUUGAGGACUUGGGUUAUUACUUGAAGCAAGUGUCUGGAUCUAUAUCCAGACCGGGUUCAUUUUCUGACAAGGAAAGUUCAAUCUUUUUAACCCAGGCGGAUAUUGAGAUAUUCACUAAACACGACAUAUCAAACCCUAAACCUCCAUCCGAUACAUUUAUGGAAAGCUUUUUGGAUGUUUAUGAAGACCAAAUUAAUGAACAUACCACCAAUCAACAACAACUAGUCGACCUAGAAGAGCUUCAAUCAGAAGAAGAAGAUAACUUGUCUUUAAACAACCAAGCUGGUCUUGAAAUAAAUGAUGAGAUUUACCAAUUAGAAUUAAUGCUAAUUAAAGAAAAACACAAUUAUAUGAUGAAAAAACAACAACGACAAAUUAAACAUUUACAAAAAUUAUUAAAUUAUCAAAGUCAAAUAAACCAGCAAUUGGUCAAUCAAAUGUUAGUCAACAACAAUAACAAUAAUAAUUAUAAUAACAACAGCGACAACAGUGACAAAUUAUUGCCACCAUUUUCAAUGACUUAUCCACAUAAAAAACCAAACACCAAUAUUGAUAUCGAUCUUUACAUUGAUGAUAAUAAAUCUACUGUAUCAUCAGCUGAUUCAAUAAUGAGUAGGAAUCUUGACAUUCAUAAUCACAAUUAUCAACAUAUUCACAAUAAUGGUGAUGAUGAUGGUAAUAAUACUGUGGAAACCAGAAAUUGCUCAAGUACACCCAGUUUAAGAAGUCAUCUUUUAAACGAUUAUUGCAAAAUUAAUUGUUAA